AUGAAUUUAAAGCAAUUUACAACGUUGUUUACAGAAAUUUCUACUACAAUCAAAUUAUUGUUCAUGAAUAAAUUGACUGACAUUUUAUAUUAUAAUAGAACAAUAGAUAUAAAUGUAAUCUUUUUAACUAUCAUGAACUUUACCUUGAUUGUAUUAUUUGUUUUUGGAAAUUUACCUAUACCUUAUCCUAAACGAGAAUUUAUCUCUGAUGAUGAUUCUGAUGAUAAACAAACUGGUGCAGAUAAAAAUGUCACACAAACUGGACAACAACCAAACGCUACUGGAGGAAGACAAACUACAGCACAUCCUACUGGUGGCAGUGGAAUGCAUACUACACAUCCUCAGCAACAAUCUCAACAACAACAACAGCGUGGAAAUAAUGCUCCACAACCCCAGUUACCAUUGCCUCAGCAACAACAGAGAACAAAUGGACAGCCACCGCCACUGAAUACACAGCAACAACAUAUGAACUCUGGUCAAUCUAAUCCCCAUACAAGACAAUUAAUUCAUCAACAGAAUAAUAAUGAUGAUAUACCAUCUAAUAAGCGUAUUCGGUUAUCCCAGGGGAAUAAUGAAACAUCGAUUGCACCACCGCCAUUACCAUCCUCCUCGACAACAUCAUCAUCUGCAACAGUUAAUAGUAGUGGAAUCUUACAUACAAACACAAAUAAACCCAGUAUAACAGGACAGUCUCAGCAGUUAUCUAAUACCACUACUACUACCACUUCAGGUUAUGCGAAUCUGCAACAACAACCAAUGAGAAAUCUCCCACCUGGUCAUAUGGGGCAUCCGGGAACUUCUUAUCCACGCUAUCACCACUAG